UUUCAUAAGGAUCAUGGCACUUCUUGAGCUGCUCUUGGUGGGUUUACUUUCUUUAGUAUCAUCUGUUUAUGGGAAUGGCGAGGGAUGGAGUAAUGCUCAUGCCACUUUUUAUGGUGGGGGUGAUGCCUCUGGUACAAUGGGUGGGGCUUGUGGGUAUGGGAAUCUAUACAGCCAGGGAUAUGGAACAAACACAGCGGCUCUGAGCACUGCACUUUUCAACAACGGGUUGAGCUGUGGAGCUUGUUUCCAGAUUAGGUGCGCCAGUGAUCUUAAGUGGUGCCUCCCUGGCUCAAUUGUGGUCACUGCCACUAACUUCUGUCCACCAAACAAUGCCCUCCCUAACAAUGCUGGUGGCUGGUGCAACCCUCCCCAGCAACAUUUUGACCUCUCUCAGCCUGUCUUUCAACGAAUUGCUCAAUACAGAGCUGGAAUAGUACCCGUGGCCUAUAGAAGGGUACCAUGCAGAAAGAAGGGAGGCAUCCGGUUCACAAUCAACGGCCAUUCUUACUUCAAUUUAGUCCUGAUAACAAAUGUUGGAGGUGCUGGGGAUGUUCAUGCUGUUUCCAUUAAAGGGUCAAAAACUGGUUGGCAACCCAUGUCGAGAAACUGGGGUCAAAAUUGGCAAAGCAACACUAAUCUCAAUGGACAAAGCCUCUCCUUUAAGGUUACAACGAGCGAUGGCCGCACUCUGGUAUCUAACAAUGUUGUCCCGGCGGGUUGGUCCUUCGGCCAAACUUUCAGUGGCCUACAAUUCUCUACCUGAAUUACACCAUCAAGUCAAAGCAGUUUCUAAGUAAAAAUAAUUCGUGUGAUAGUGUCAAUUUUGUUUUUGUUUUGGGGGGUGUGAAAAUGGCGAAGGGCUAAUUUAGAGAUGGCUCUUGUCGUUUAUAUUUGAUUACGGGGGGUUUCUGAUCUGCUGUGUUUUGAAUAGGCAGACGGAAACGGCGGCGGCGGGCAUGCACCACCCGCCACUUUUUGGCGAGUUUUAUAUAAUACAUUGGCAAAAUGUAAUCAGGCUGGCCUUUUUCAGAUGCGUCUUUAAUUAUGGUUCAGAGAUGUCAUGUCAUCAAUAACAAUAAAAUUAAAUUAUGUUCAA